CUGGUUGAAUGAGCAGACCGUCUGUUUGUGCAUGGUUACAGUUUGUCUCAUUCAAACUACAGACCAGAAGCUUUCCUUCCUGCUUAUCACCUGCCCCCCACCCCCUGAAAUUGUCCUCCUGUCCUUAUAUCACCACCUGGAAGCUCCACCUUCGCAAUAUGGCAGAGGCCCUAGCAUCCACCUCCUCUGAGGAUGGCCUGCCUCUGCAGUGGAAACUUUCCAAUCAACGAAGCAGGAAAUCUGGAUGCUCCAACAUCUUUACAGGGCUCAACCUGCACCAGCUACACAGGCUGUUUAGAACAGCAGGAGACAGAGAUGCUGAACAUCGGGCUAAGCUGGUGUGGCGAGGGAUGGAUUCAGAUAUAGAGGGGGCACAGGAGGCGAAGGAGGAGGAAGGGGAGGACAGCGAGGAAGAGGCAGGGCUGGCCCAGGCCUUGGUGGGGCUCCGAGUCCGAGCAAGGAACAAAGCUGGUAUCAGAGCGGAGGGACACAGAGACCACAAGUGGCUCAGAGCAUCAGGUUAUCUCAGGAUUGAGGAGCCAUUAUCCGGCUACCCUGUCGAGGAUGAGGAGGCUGACAUAGCGCCCAGUUCGGGAGAAUUUCUGUCGGCGACUGAAAAAGACACCUCAGAGAACCAAAACCCCUUUAAACCCUCCUCGUGGAGGUUGGGUGUGGCAAGACAUGAGGGUGCCAGUCGCUCUGAACGCUACCUUCACCGCAUCAUCCACUAA